CAAGAGGUCAGAAGCAAAGAAAUUGGCAGGAAGAGAGGAAGAGCCCAUCCUUGUACCCUCCCCUGCAGCUCAGCAGAAAUGUUUGUACAGGCUUAAAGAGCAAUUUUUCUCAUGAACCAGGCUAGCCCAGCCAGGCUGCUCUGUUUAGUGAGUGGUGUCAGUGAAAAUGCCUGCAGCAGUUCAAACAACCCUGAAAGGGCUACUAACAGACACUAACGACUUGGACAGGAUAUUGCCUGACCUGAAAAAGAAGAAGAAGAAGAAGAGAAGGGAUCUGCCGACACCUGCAUCCUUCAGGAAGACAUCCCAAGGAAAGGCUAGAAUUUUCCCUCACACCAAACAAGUUGGAACUUAUCUGGUGGGGAAAAUGAUCAACAGGGGCUCCUUUGCCAAGGUGAUGGAGGGACUGCAUCUCCCUACGGGUGAAAAGGUCGCUAUUAAAGUCAUUGACAAGAAAAAAGCCCAGCAGGACUCCUACAUUUCCAAGAACAUGAAGCGUGAGCCCCGCAUUCAGCAGAUGGUUAAGCAUCCUCACAUUGUCCAGCUGUACGAAACCCUGGAGACAGAAAACUCUUAUUACAUGGUGAUGGAGCUGUGCCUGGGUGGGGAUCUCUUGGACAAGAUCUGUGACCAAAAGAAACUGGAUGAAAGGGAAGUAAGGAGGUUCACCAGGCAGAUAAUGUCAGCCGUUGGCCACCUACACCACCAUGGCAUUGUCCACAGGUAAGGUGCCUUUUUCUUUCUAUCAAAGCUCUUGAAAUUCCUCAUGAAAGACACAUCAAAGCCCUGCUUCUAAGACAGGAAGAAAUAAAUCUCACUUUUCUGCUAAUAAUAUGUCCAUAUGAAUGAACCUGAUGUGUCUGUUAGGGGGCAUGGGUUCCAAGCUAGAA